AUGGCAAAAAAGAAAGGAAAUAAACGUGCGGACGCUCAGAAAAGUGCCCGCGACAUACAGACACCUAUUUCCGAUCAUGAAAGGUCCGAUGAUUCCGAUACCGACAAAGCCAAAUCGAACAACACAAAUGAAACAGAUAGCAGCCAGACCACUUCUUUGAUUAACACAACUCGAUCGGGAUCCCAAGAUGCGGAGGCGAGCAAAGACAAGGAGCCAGAACCCGAAACAAAGAAAAACGAAAAGAGUAAAGAAACUGUCCGGAAGGCGAGGUUCGAUAGAAGCCCGACUCGAGAGGGCGAUUUCGCUUCAAAUGCAGGUGACCACGAGUCUAACGAUGACGAAGAUUCGGAUUUAGAUAAUGCCUCUGAUCAAGGUGCCCCGGAAGAACAUCAGAUAGAUCCACUCAGUGGAUGGGUGGAAGAUAUCAUUCAGAAAGAGACAUCGAUCCAGUCAACAACGAUGGUUGAGGAAUUUUUUACGUCCGAACGCCCUCGCUACGAAGAAUGUCAGCAGUUUUUCCAGCAGCUCAACCAGAAGAUUCGAGGUGCUAAUGAGCAGAAUAAUGUGAAUGAUAUUGAUAUCGGCACCAUACCAGAGUUGGGUUAUAAUGGCUUAUGCGAGGCUUGGCAGCAGAAAGCAAGCAUUGCCGUGGAGAAUGAAUCAGUUCAGGAUUUCUGGAACGCUUUCAACAAUACCCACAAACUUCUGAAGAUCUUCAACGAAAGACACUUCCUUCCUCAGGCCUGGAAUAUCAGCCAGGAUUGGGCACAGGAAUGGGUUGGAGCUCCAAAUCCAACUCCGGUUGAAGACCCUAGCUCGGCUUCUACAAUCGCGAAUGGUCAGUCUUCUUCGACUUCGCAGAAGAGAUCUGAUGGAGAAUUGAGCGACGCCUCCGACUAUAACACUCAAACGAAUGCGAAGUCUGGGCUCGAUGCCUUAGAGGCAAGAACUAUAAAACAGCAACGCCAAUUGAGAUCGGCAGAAGUUCUGUUCUGGUGGCCUAAAGGCACUGGCUCUCAAACGUUUGUGCGCUACGGAGGCAAAACCCCAAUUUAUCGUAUUCGAGCCGGCUCGCACGAGAUUUACAACAAAAAGCAGACUCAACGCGUUCUUACAACACAAACUCGGGGAACUGCUAAAGUCUCAGAAACUAAAGAUGGACUUCCCGAGGAGCGCUGGGCAUACACACGAGACGAUGUGGAGGAUAUAAUUGGCAUCGGCUGGAAGAUUGAAGAUGAUGACGAAGAGGGCUUUGAUCCUAUUGAUCUUCUUCGGCCUGCUAAGGGCGCAAUUUAUCCGCAUACUCGAGCUCUAGUAACGUGGAAAGAUGGUAUUGCUUCGCUGGAAGGUCGGGCAUUCAUUCGUCGUAUCACAACUGGCUCAUCCUUGGAUGGUGAUCGAGUGAUAUAUCAGAAAGCGAACGAGCACGAGAUCGCCUACCGCAAGAAGUAUGGGCUGGAAGAGUACGACGAUAAUGCCUACGACGAUAGAGACCCUGACACGGAGAGCGAUAGCACGGUGAACUCCAGAAGGGCUCGCAAUCGAAGACACCAUAGUAAGCCCACGCGAUCCUCGAAAUCAACAAAGAAAUCCAGACACCAGUCGCGAUAUGAGACCAGCGAUAGUAGUGACACCGAAAGCGAUUCCUCCUCGCAGGCUCACAACAGUCAUCGCAGAAGAAACCGCAGUGAGCCAGUUACUCGUCAAAAAUCCGCACAACUGGAAAGGUUUGAUAAAGCUCUCAUCAAGAAACUUGAAAGAGAGAUCCAAAUGCUCAAGUUAGGAAGGUCAAUGUCUCCAGGAGGGAAGCCCAGAGCGCAACCGAGGGCUCACCGACGAGGAGGGCAUCGCGAGCGCACUGAUUGA